ACCCGAGUGUCUACGUGUAGCGACGGCGUCAUGCAAUCCCAGCGCCGGGACGCAAACUUACCCAAAACUACACGGCAGAGAGACGAUCACACGGGCGUUUUCACCGCUGUCGUCGUCGCGCUCCUCCCUCGAUCCGGCGACCAGUUUUCUUUUCGGUUCGCCCAUUCCGGCCACUGGCGAAUCCACCGAGACCAACUCUCUCCAGAUUGAGCCAAACGCUCAUCAAUUCCGGGCUGGAAAUUGGCAACAUUUUGAAAUUAUUUCAGUCAACAACAGACGGACACACAACCAGCUGAAGAAACAAGUGCGCGUUGCGGUUUAGAUGAGCGUCCGUGUUUCCGUGUUUUUUGGAAAAAAAUUUGAAAAAAUUUGUUAGCGCCAGAAAUUUCACAUUCGUCAUGUCGCAAUUUCUGUACGGCAUCAAAGACCGGGCCAUGUCCAGUCUGUCUACUUUCCGGCGAGGAGCAAACUACGAAGAGUUUGAGAUGCCCAAGAUGAGGAACCUGAAGAACAUCAAACCCAAUCCGUUUAGCAAGCAAGAAGAUGAGAAGGGAUUCAUUACCACUGACGGCGGAGGGGGCACUGUCAUGGGAGAGCUCGGAUCGCCCGAAUCACUGCCCGAAAUGGAACGUCCGCCUUUACGCAAAAUCGACAUGUACAUCCGACCAGAUUGCCCUUGCUGCAGCAUGACCAAAAGAUACACGGUGGCUUUUCUCGCCAGCAUUGGUUUCCUGAUCUCGUUCGGCAUUCGAUGCAAUUUGGGUGUGGCCAUCGUCCAGAUGACGGCCAACAACACUGAAACUGGGGAGCCAGAAUUUGAUUGGACCAAGAGAACUAUCGGACUGGUAGAUUCUUCCUUCUUUUGGGGUUACCUGAUCACUCAAGUCCCAGGAGGCUUCCUCGCUUCCAAAUACGCUGCUAACAAGGUUUUCGGAUCGGCCAUCGUAGUCUCCGCAUGUCUCAACAUGCUCCUACCAGGAGCGGCCAAACUGCAUCCGGUCGUGUUCACCCUCGUCCGCAUCCUCCAAGGACUGGUCGAGGGAGUCACUUAUCCGGCGUGUCACGGCAUCUGGCGGUGGUGGGCUCCGCCACUGGAACGGUCCCGAUUGGCCACUUUGGCAUUUUGUGGAUCGUACGCCGGGGCUGUAGUCGGAAUGCCCUUGUCCGGAUGGCUGACGGAUGGCAUUAGCUGGCAAGCGCCGUUUUAUUUCUACGGUGUGUUUGGUAUCAUCUGGUACGUCUUUUGGGUGUGGUUGUCGUUCGAAAAACCUUGUCUCCACCCGACCAUCACGCCCAGCGAGCGACUUUACAUCGAAGAAUCGCUGUCGCACGUCCAGCGAACCAUUCCCAAUUUCUACACGACUCCGUGGCGAUCCUUUUUCACUUCGAUGCCCGUCUACGCCAUCAUUGUGGCCAAUUUCUGUCGCUCCUGGACGUUUUACUUGCUGAUUCUCUCCCAACCGAGUUAUUUCAGACAAGUCUUCAAGUUCGACAUUGGAAAGGUGGGAACGUUGGCGGCUCUUCCUCAUUUGGUGAUGACGAUCAUCGUGCCUAUAGGAGGACAAUUGGCGGAUCAUUUGCGUCGCAAUGGAAUUCUUACGACGACAUCCGUCCGUAAAAUUUUCAACUGCGGAGGAUUCGGAAUGGAGGCCAUUUUCUUAAUGGUGGUGGCUUACACGCGUGACACGACCAUCGCCAUCACGACUUUAACUCUGGCCGUCGGUUUCAGCGGUUUCGCCAUAUCAGGUUUCAACGUCAAUCAUUUGGACAUUGCUCCCCGCUACGCCAGUAUCUUAAUGGGAAUCUCUAACGGAGUUGGAACGUUGUCGGGCAUGUUUUGCCCCAUUGUUGUCGAGUCGCUCACCAAAAAUGAGAAACCGGAGGAGUGGCAGACGGUCUUUGUCAUUGCAUCGGUGAUUCACUUCCUGGGCGUCGGCUUUUACGCCGUGUUCGCGUCUGGCGAACUCCAGCCGUGGGCUGAGCCCAAAGACGACGAAGAGGAUGUGCCAGCUCUCACAGCAGCUCCCACAACGGCCUGGAAUCCAUUCGAUUCUCAACAGAAACCCCAAUAUAACGGAGAGCAACAGCCAAACUACGCCUCUACGGAGACGACGCCAGCUGUUCAGGGUAGCAACAAUCCUUUCAACGGUCGAUUACAUUCCUAUGGAGCCACAGCUGACUAUUCCUAUCAACAGCAACAGCAAGCUCCGCCCAGACCACCCUACCCUGGUAAUCCCGGAUCAUUCCAAGCAGAUUUCUCAAACGUUCAACAGGUUCAACCAGCUGCUCAGGAUAUCUACAUGCACGGCACUCUGCAAGAUAGGAAUUACUAGAUAGAUGAAAAGAAUUAAAAUGAUUAAAAAAAAAAUAUCUACUAUAAAAGAAAAUGUUUUACAUUCUAACUAUAUCUUGAUCGAUGGACUGAGCGUAUACUCUUCUCACAAGAACUUGUUCUUAAAAAAAAAAGUACUGGAUGUAUCCACUGUCAAACAGUUAUGUUUCUUAUCGUUUUUUUUUCUCAGAGUGACAUCAAUCGAUUUGUAUCAUAAUUGUGGCAAUAACUCGUCGUUAAUUUUUUUUUCUCUCUCCUCCCAAUUCUUUUAAUUCCGUGUCUAUAUUAUAAAUAUAUAUAAAUGUUCGGGAGUUUUUCUUCAUCGAUAAAAACUCGACGUUAUAUAUAAAACAUUAAAAAAAAACUGAUCCGAGAAUUUUGAUCUCAGUGUUUCGCGACAGGUGCCCCCAAUUUAAACUACUUACCGAUAGAAUUUCCUGAAAUCCUUUCAAAGUCUGUAAUCUCUUCAACAGAAUCAUGUUCCACAUUCCUAUUACAUGUUGGAUUUGAAUGUUUUGAUGUCAUUGCUGUUAUGAGUGAAUAUAUAGAUAAUCGAGA